AUGAAACAAGAUGAAUCAGCAUUCAAUUCUAAGCAUAUGCUUUAUUAUGCUAAAAAACUAACAGGUACACCAAAUUGUCUUGCUGUAUGCCAUUGGGCUCAGUGUCCUGAGCUAUUGUCAGAGAUACUUGAUAAUACUUUGAAAAAUAAUGAAUCAAGUGGGACAAAAGAGCAGGAUACACAAUUUAUGGAUACGGAAUUGAAUCGAAUUGCUGUAGCUGGACGUUCUCUUUUACAUCUAGGUACUGUUGAUGCAAGAGAUGUAGCUGUAUUUUACAAUUUAACACGAGCAAAUUUUGCAGCUAUUGGAUGGUCUAGAGGUUCGCAUACAUUUGCAGGUUUAGCAGUAGAUGGUUCGGCUCAUAUUUAUAAGAUUAGAAAAUCUCGCCAUUGGUAUUUAUCAUUAAGAUUACAAACUCAGUAUAGAGUUGGUUGUAGCUUAGAGUGGCUUGGAAAUGCUCCUAAUUUAUUUGCUCUUGGAUUUCAAGAUGGUUCAAUUCGUUUGUUUGAUGAAGAAAUAGGAAAAAUGACUCUAAAUAACAAAUCAAAUUCUAGUUCUGUGAAAGAGGAUUAUUAUUCAGUAUGGGGUACCUCUUUAGUUCCUGCACCAGUUAGAGAUUUACAUUCACGUUAUUUGGCUCCAGAUACCUGGAGUAGAAAUGAAAUGAUUGUAGCAUAUGAUAACGGGAUAGUAUCACUAUUAGAUUUUAGAUCAAAAUCAUCUCACAGUAUAAAAGUUCAACUAUCAUCACAAGGUUUAAGCUCUAUACGGUGGAACCCACACGAUAACAAUAUUUUUGCAGCUGGUUGCAGAAAUGGAGUAUACAUAUGGGACAUAAGGAUGAUAGACAGUGUUUCGCCAAUUUCAGUUUUCAAAACACAGUCCCCAAUAGCUAAAGUACGUUGGAGACCUGGUUAUCCUACUCAAUUAGCUUAUUGUUGUUCAGUUAUAGAUUCUUCUAUACUUGUUUAUGAUGUAUUAUCCCCUAUACGGCCAAUUAUAAGAUUUUCACAUCAUACAGAUGUUGUUCGUGAUUUUGAUUGGCUAGAUGUUGAUGUAGUAGCAUCUUGUGGGAUAGAUCAUAAUUUCAUUAUAUCAUCUAGAAAAGAUAAUGAACAAUUUAGUCAAAGAUUUCCUGUCUCUGAUGCAAUAUACACACCAUAUUGCAUGCAUAAUUGCAUGAAUUCAGAGCUUAUUUUGUCUCAUACCUGUCCAUUUAUAAUGACUGAAUUAACAACUGAGAAAAUAGACUUAAAAAGUUUACAUUUAAAAGGAGAUAGUAAAGAGUCGAAAAACUUGUCAAUAUUUGAUUUUUGCAUUGAAAAUAAUGGUUAUAUAGAUUCAUCAUUAUAUUCAGCUUGUGGUUUUCUCCCAGAUAUCGGUUUGACUCCUUUUCCCGGAGAUUUGGCCUCAAUUAUGGAUUCAAAAUAUUCUAAAGUAAGAUCUAUAAGCUAUCAUUUAGUUGUAAACUCAGACUCUGAGUGGAUAACCAGAAUUCCAAAGUUAAUGUAUAUUGGUAUAUCUCCAUGUUGGAGAACCCUAAUAUCUCAUUUUCCAUAUAUAAAAUUAGAGAAAUGGUUAAAGAAAUGGAAAGAUAAAUUCAGUAAGUUUGAAAAAUGUGAUAUUAAAGGGGAAUAUUGCAAUCACAAUGAGAAUAUUAACAAAGUCACAUGCAAUUAUUUCCUUACUAAAAGUUCAGAUGAAUCAAACAUAUAUCUAGUUACUUCUGGCUGUGGUGAAGGCUUAACAGAUUUCGUUUUUACUAAAAAUUCAGCUAUAAGACUUAGUAACAUUGACUUUGUAAAGGGUAUAUGUGAAUUAUUUUGUUUAAUAUUUAAUGAUCAAAAUGGUGAUCCAUGGUUUGAAAUAUUGCAACAUAUUGAAGCUAAUCCAAAGAAUUUAUCAGAAAUAAUUGAAACAACUCUGGAAAAUUGCUUAAAUAAAAAUGAUGUUGUUUCUACUCUUAUACUAUUUUCAAAUAUUAUUUUACUAUUACAGCCUUCAACAUGCAAUGAUAUUUUUAAAACAAUAUCAAGGAACGAUCAAAUUAGAUGGUUUAUAUCCUUAAUACAGUUAUUACGAAAAUAUAAAAUGUAUAUUUUAGCUUGUCAAAUUAUUAAAGCUUGCCCUAUGGCAGAAAUAAGAAAAUUAACUCAAGAAGGUCUUACGGAAUCUAAUUUUUAUUGUGGUGGAUUGAGAAGACAAAAUUCUAAGCACAGCGGUGAAUUCGAGAGUAGUGAGAGUAGUGACUCUGAAGGAUUAGACUUAAAUGAAACUAGACCUAUUAAGAAUAUCCAAACUAUAAAUUGUAAAGAUAAAGAUAUUAGUUAUAGCAAAUUAGUGGAUUCAAAUACAGAUAAUCACAAUAUAUUUAAUAAAGUAGGAUCUUCAAAGAUCUGUAAAUUACAAAUAAAUCCUAUAUCAUUCAAUAUUUACAACAAACCUCGAAACGACAUUAAUAAAUGUAUAGAAUGUAAUGAAAGCAGGAACAUAUGUUGUAUUUGUUAUAUGCCUGUACUAGGACGCUGGGUCGGAUGCCCCAAUUGUAGGCAUGGGGGACAUCCUACGCACCUUAAGAAUUGGUUCCUUAAUCCAUUAAAUUAUGGAUUUUGUCCCUCAGGUUGUGGACAUAUAUGUUGUUAG